CACGCAUACCUCCCCAGAUCCGUGACAACCCCUGCAUAUAGUUAUCGAAGCGGUUGGGAAAUUUGGGAACGGCGUCUCUGCUCUUGCCGAAUGAGAAGCUAACAACAUUACAACCCGCCAGACGUCAACAUGCUUCCCUUGGGCCUUCUCACUGCAGCGCAAGGCCAUCCUAUGCUCGUCGAGCUCAAGAAUGGCGAGACAUUGAACGGCCACUUGGUCAACUGCGACACGUGGAUGAAUCUGACACUCAAGGAAGUGGUCCAGACCAGCCCGGAAGGCGACAGAUUUUGGAGACUGCCUGAGGUUUACGUCAGAGGGAACAAUAUCAAAUACCUACGAGUGCCCGAAGAAAUCAUCGAAAUGGCCAGAGAACAACAACAACAAAAUCAGCAAGGCGGGCACGGUCAACGUGGUCGCGGUGGUCAACAGCGUGGGGAUCAGGGUGGCAGGGGUGACAGAGGACGCGGUCGAGGCAGGGGGCGUGGCAGAGGAAGAGGUCAGGGCUGAUUAUCACCUUACAAGAUCAAAAGUCCUAUUGUCAUCACCAUCUAAGCCAUGUCGACCUUUGGUGGCGGUACUCCGGGUUCGAACAAUAUUACCGAGCCUGUCGGAUUCUGCGCGCCAUCUAUGCAAAGGCCAUUAAAGAACUUUUGUGGCGACAUGCAAGCUCAUAAAAAAGCAGAGCCACGCCGGCGACGCGCCCUGGCUCGAGUGCAGCAUCCACCAGCAUCAUUUUCGACGUCCAGCCAGCGUGACCAGUCCCUCACCUUUCUCGGGGUGACGUACUCCUGCCGCUUCUGGGCCCGGACCCCUGCCGCAAUGCUAGUCCAGACCAAACAACUUUGAAUACAUGGAUACUGUCCAAUGGAAAUCAUAAGAGAAUCAAACCCC